GUCCUGUGGAUUGAGGACGUGCAGCACAGACACAGCUUCAUCUACUCCUGUCUGCUGACGCUUUAUCCACAGUAGGGUGUUCACCCGAGGUUGUUUUAUUUCAACAAACAAAAUAAUGGACGGAAACGUUUGCAACAUCCAGGUGCUUCUUCGUGCUGCCGAGUUUCUGGAGAGAAGAGAGCGAGAGGCAGAACAUGGAUACGCUUCACUCCUGCCUCUCAGCCCAGGUCUCUCUGAUAAGAGAAGCAAACAGAAGAGUAAGAAGAUAUCUGCUGGUGGCAAUAGGUCAGUUCACAACGAGCUGGAAAAAAACAGACGAGCUCAGCUGCGGCACUGCCUGGAGCAGCUCAAGAGGCAGGUCCCUCUGUCCUCUGACUCGAUGAGGAACACCACCCUCAACCUGCUGAGGAGAGCCCAGCUUCACAUAAAGAAGCUGCAGGAGCAAGAUGAGCGUGCGGAGCAGCUGAAGGGCCGCCUGCGCUGGGAGCAGAGAGAGCUGCAGAUUCGGCUGGAGCAGCUGCAGAGAGGCACGGAGAGGAUGAGGAACGACAGUCAGGGGUCGACCAUGUCCUCCGAGCGCUCAGACUCUGACAGAGAGGAUGUGGAGGUUGACGUGGAGAGCAUCGUGUUUGACUGCGUGGACUCUGACGGACUGAGCAUAACACAAGCUGGCGCAGACCACUGUUACUCCAGCAUGGACAAAGCCUGGCUAUGACAGCGGCAGAAGAAAAUCCCUACCGUCAUUCAUUGUAAUGUUACUAGGAAGAGGACAGGAAGAGGAGAAAACAUUCCAAAAACAAGCAAACGGGAGGGAGAGGGAGAAAGACGUUACUGUACAACUGAACAUACUUUUUUUUUUUUUUUUUUUUACAGGAGUAACUUGACAUUCUCUUCUCAACAUAUGUCAGACUACAAGCUAAAUGAUAAUGUUAUGAAUGAGCUGUGUCCAUUUGCACUGAAUAGCAGUUAAAAUCACUGUGCUGGGAUGGAUGUAACAUUUAUUUUUAUUUUAUUUUUUGUCAACCAUUAAUGGCAUUUCUUUCCAAAGCCAUGAAGUGAGAUUCAAAAAGUCCUAUUUAUUCAUCUUUAAGGGCUUUUAAAAAUCCAAAUAAGGGCUUUUUAUUCAAAACUCUUUAACUUAUUUUGUACUUCAGUAUGCCAAUACUGAAGUCUGCCUUAAGUCGGUUUUGGUGUAGUAUUCCAUUCAGCUUUUCUUUAGCACUAAAUUCGUAUUUCCGUGAUGUCACAUGUAGCAUGCACUUCAACAUUAAUCUGUGCUUUGUUUUGUAUUGUCCUAUUAUGUACGUCAUGUAUUUUGUUCUUUUUCUUCUGUUGCACAAAACGUCCACGCGUUGCACUUGUUUUAUCUCAAAAAAAAAGAUUGUGGGUACAUCAAAAUGAAAACAGUCAACAGGAAUGAACUGGUCAUGUUUGCACAUUCAUAUCUGGCAAUGAAGUAACUGUGUGGUCGGUGUAUUUUUACACAAUUCGGUCUGUGAUCAAGUGCAAGAAUCAUAACGCCUGUGUUAAAGUCCGACUGUGAGAGCAUAAGGAAAGAGGUCCGAUGACAUUUACACUUUAAUUCACGCCUCAUAAUAACUAAUUUCUUAGUGUGCUUAAUCACGACUGUACACUUCAGUGCUUGUGCAUUUGUUGAUAUAAAUGAUAAUUAUUCAUGCAACAAAUUCACCAGUGAGGCAGGCAGUUUCUACUUGUAAUGAUACUUAUUAAGUAUGUAUCGUAUUCAUUGUUAUACAUUUAAUAACUGAAGGUGCUUUUUCCCUUGUAUAUGCAAGUUGCCUUAUGACCUUUUAAUAUUAUGUAUGCAUUAAUCUGUCUCUCCACCCAGUCAUAUUAUGUAGCAUUUUUGUACUGGUUUAAGCUUUUUAUUGAAUAAAUAUUUUCUAUAUUUA